UGGCACAGCUCUGGCUCAUGAAUAUUAAGUAGCAAGUCUUCAACGUAGUAGAAUCGGCUGAUUUGAGCGCUUGCGUGGACGCACACAUCAUGGACACAAUGGCGGGGAUGAAGUUCAAGUGUAGUGAUUAAUGCUAACGAGUAUAUAAGAAACGUAAAAAGUCGUAAAUUGAAGUUCACCGAAGUUUUGUGAUUGUCACCACCGCACGCGCGAGCUCGAAGUUCCUCGUGCGCAGUCACCAUGGCUUUGAUAAGACUGUUGACCAGACUGAGUGGAUAUGUGCACUUGAAACAAGGUUUGGAGUGUUUGGGAGCCAGUUCUCAGAGCAAGAGAUUACAACAGCACACUGCAGCCCAUUCAUCUUCAUGCAGCUAUCAGCUGCUGCCUGACUGCAUGGAGCUCAGCUGUGGUGGUCUUGUAAUGCACUUUGACUACGUGUGGCUGAGAGAUCACUGCCGCUCCGCUUCAUGCUACAACUCAAAAACGAACCAGCGUAACCUGGACACUGCCAGCAUUGAUCUGAACAUCAGGCCUUCAAAGAGCAGAGUGGAUGAGAACAACCUCUUCCUCACAUGGCCAGAUGGUCACAUCACUCGGUACAAUCUCACAUGGCUGGCCCAGAACAGCUACGAGGGCCAGAAGCGAAGUGCCGUGCAACCUCGUAUCUUGUGGAGCGCAGAUAUCUACUCCAGCGCUAAGGUGCCCUCUGCCAGUUGGGACAAAUUCAUGAGCUGCGACGAAGAGCUGAAGAACUUCCUCAACAACUUCCUGCUUUACGGAAUUGCCUUCGUCGAAGGCGUCCCACCAACCCUAGACGCUACUGAAACAGCGACCCAAAGAGUGAGCCUCAUCAGGCAAACUUGGGAACUUGUUGAAGAAAAAGGUGGAUACUGGACAAAGGAAUUGAGGAAACACAGGGCUUCAGUAACAGUGAGAACUAAUGAUGGCAAUGAAGUUGUAAAAUUGGAUGUAACUUUACACCGAAAAAGGCCAGAUGGUCACAUCACUCGGUACAAUCUCACAUGGCUGGCCCAGAACAGCUACGAGGGCCAGAAGCGAAGUGCCGUGCAACCUCGUAUCUUGUGGAGCGCAGAUAUCUACUCCAGCGCUAAGGUGCCCUCUGCCAGUUGGGACAAAUUCAUGAGCUGCGACGAAGAGCUGAAGAACUUCCUCAACAACUUCCUGCUUUACGGAAUUGCCUUCGUCGAAGGCGUCCCACCAACCCUAGACGCUACUGAAACAGCGACCCAAAGAGUGAGCCUCAUCAGAUUAUUUUUAUUAUUAUUUAAUGGUGAAUAUGGUGCUGCUUUUAAUAUCUUGUUUUGCUCCGUAAGCAUCCAGGUGUUUCACUGUCUGAGACAUGAAGGAACGGGGGGCAGAACUCUGCUGGUGGACGGUUUCCACGCCGCCGAUGCGGUGCUCCAGCGAACGCCCGAGAACUUUGAGCUGCUUUCACACGUGCCGAUCAAACACGAGUAUGUGGAGAACCUGAGUGAGCAUCGCAACCACAUGAUCGGCAUCGGCCCUGUGCUCAACGUCUAUCCGUGGAACAACGAGGUGUACAUGAUUCGGUAUAAUAACUAUGACCGUUCUGUUAUUAACACAGUCCCUCAUGAUGAGGUGCGGCGCUGGUACGCGGCUCACAGGCAGCUCACCGCUGAACUCAGGAGACCAGACAAUGAGCUGUGGGUCAAACUCAAACCAGGGAAGGUCCUGUUCAUCGAUAACUGGCGCGUUCUGCAUGGCAGAGAGUCGUUCACCGGCCUGCGGCAGCUGUGCGGAUGUUAUCUGACGCGUGACGAUGUGCUGAACACAGCUCGCUCUCUGGGGCUCCAGGCCUGAGCGCCUAAUGCUAAACUACCCAGCCAUCAUUUACCAAAAACACCUUGGUUUCUCGAGCGUUAGGACCGCAGAGGAUCACAACAGUGUUACUCAUCAACUCCGCUCUUUGUUUGAAAGAUUUUAUGAUCUUAAUUAAAUGAGUUGGUUGUA